CUCUUUGUUCACGCAUCCAUCCCUCAGACAUCUAAACACUCCGACACAUACUACCUGGUCUAGCUAGUCUCAUUGUUCUCGACACUAAACGGAUCGUCCAGGCCCAACCUCGAAGCGAUAUCCACCAGUCUCGCCCUCUCGGUCCAGAUCAGAUUGGAAUCGAAUCGAACGACCUUUUUCCCGGAUCGUCCCUCUCGCCUCCUCUCCUCCUUUGCCUCUCCAGCCUUCCUUUCCCCUUUACACAUCUCCGUGGUGAUCCACCUCUUAUCAUCGACUUCUCUCCUCUUCUCUUUCUCGGACAAAGGCAGAAACAAGUCAAAUCACAUCAAACCGGACAAACCCAGAAAAACUCCCCGGUCGUAGAGAAGAGACAACAGGGGACGAUCCGUUCAGGCCUUCAUAUAACCUUGUCACCCCCUUCCCUUGGCCGCGAUCUGCGACGAUGGCUUCCUCCUCCUCUUCUUCUUCCCGGACUACUUCGCGUUCCACACCUGCCACUCGCUCGAGAACGAGGACUGAACAGACGAUUCCUACCAUCUCCAUCUCCAACUCUACCUCUUCACCUUUAAACACAACCACAAAUCCGACAACGACAACAUCUUCGCAUCGCAAACCGUUCAGCCCCCUCCCGCUCGGUCUGUUCCCUUGCAAGUUCGACCUACAUUCAGGGUUCUCGUUGAGAAGCACGGCCUGUUCCCCUCAAAUCACAUCGACCUCCACGUCGACUUCAACAACCAAAUCACCGUCUACCUCAGCAUCGACAUCGACGUCGACAUCGAUAUCGGAAAGGAUGGGCAAAUGUGUGAAAAGCAAGGCCGUCCCGGCUUCAUCCUCGUCCUCGUCGACGCGAAAGGAAGGGUCGAAAAAGGUCGUCCCCACCGCCGGGCCAGACCUUCUCCACGCCACCCACGUCAACAAGAAACUAUCCACGAGAGCCAGAUCUGCUCGGAACGAGGUCGAGCGGAUGGAAGUCGAUAGCGACCUCACGCCCAAACGGGCGGGGACGAUCAACUUGGAUUCUGAUGACGAGGAAGAGGCCGCGUGGGAGCAACAGUCUCCGGCUAGACGACUGUUCGUAGGGAUGGGAAUGGGGAUGAUGGGCUCUGCUUCUCCUAGUAGCAGUUCGACGAAGCCUAAUCAACCUAGGAGUAAAUUGUCCAUGAUGAUGAUGGACGACGAUCCCGACACUUCUAUCACUGCCAGUACUUCCACAUCGACAUCGACAAUGCCUACCAUGCCAACAUUGCCUACCACCAGGCCGACCCUCCGUCCUUCCCCUAAACUCACUCCGAAAAAGACAUCCACCUCGGCCAUCUCUAUCAACGAGAAACGCACGUGGACGGGUAGAGACUCGCCCAGUGCCAGUCCGAUUAUGAGCAAAAAGUUUCGUCCGGUCGGGUCCACGCCCGUUGUGGCGACCGAUGUUGAGAUGAACGCACAAGACGGGUUGGAGAACGGGGACGAGGAUGGGGAUAGAACGAUCAUGCCGGUCGAGAUGGAUCCGAAUGCCGAUGUCCAUGCGGUCGGGUUCGAAGUGUGGAGCGAUCAGGCGGUCAAUGGGGCUAGUAGUACGGCGGUCAGGCGGGAACAGGGGUACUUUGAUUUAGGAGACGAAGUGGUCCGAACGGUCACCCCGGCCGCGACACCCAAAUAUACGGCCGAGAACAUCAAGCACGUCGGGAAGAACAAGGUGCCCUUUCCUACAGGCAUCGCCUCUACCGACGAAGCGGACCCAGAGACAGCGGACAAAGGGCAAGAGAACGUUCCUCCCCUAGGCUGGAUCGACCUGGCCGCGUUGGCUGGAGAGAAGCUCAAGGCGGUCUGUAAAACUCCGAGCCGAGACAAGUUUGCAGAACAGUUCGCCACCCCUGGUAGUGGAAGUAGCGCUAGACGAGGGACCCCGAGCUACGGGGACCCUUCGAGCGUUUCGUCAUUGGCUUCUACGCCGGCGACGGAUAGGGUCAGGAGGACGAGCACCGUCUCGCUCGCUCCCAGUCCGGUCAAGGCGAGUAGCGUACGGGGACCUACGUCGAGCACGACCUCGACUUCGACCUUGACAUUGGCAUCGCCUCCGCCUACGCCGCCCUCGCAAAAUUUGAGCUCGAAUGCGAACUCGGCUCAUGCCCUCGCCUCAGAAGCCGAGUUGUCGACGCCAACGAGCAGGACGAGGUUGGGUCGGGGGAUGAAGAAGAGUCUUACCAAGUCUCUCGCGGAUCUGAGGGAUGCGGCGGGGCUCGGUGGAAGGGUCCUGCGUAGUGGAAGAGGAAGGGAUCUUUAGGAGCCGGACCGCAAACGUCACGGGUAGCACAUACACAAGCACAUACAAACGCACAGUCAUACCUUUUCGACUUUUUCUCUCCUCUUGUUUUGUCGUUCUUGCCCCUGCCGCUUAGCGGAUACACUAUAAUAUGGCACAUAGCGAUUCCUCUUGUAAUAGAAUAGACCAGUUUGCAUCUUGUACCUACGCCCCGCGAUGUGGGAAAAUACAAAUAUCGAAUACAGU